AGAGAGAGAGAGAGAGAGAGAGAGAGAGAGAGAGAGACAAAGGAGGACCAAAGCAAGAAGAGAGGAAGGAGGACCCUCUGAAAAAAAUAAAUCUAGCGUCGCUUUCUGAGUCUUCUUGAUGGAUCGUCCAAGAAGGGCGCUAGACCUUCCGCAAGCCCCCCUUCACCCUUCCGCCAGAAAAUAACACACGAACAACAGAAAAGGACGUUUUUAUACUUAAAAAAACACCUCAUAAAAUAGCGAGGGACGCGAGAGGGGGAGCCGUGUUCUCGGUGUUGGUUCAGCGCUACGGUUGGAGCUGUCCUUCAGCACCACAGGCGGACCAGCGCUGGAGGGUCCUGCUAAUUCAUCCCAGCGCUGCUUCUCUUAACCCGGGGAGUCGGGGGGGGGGGGCUUCCAGACCGGAGCAGGGAUGCGAGAUCAUUAAAAAAAAAAAUACCAGGAAAACGGAAUCUUAAAAAAAGGCUAUUUUUUUUUUUUUUUUAAACGAAAAUCGGAUAAAUGUUGACAGAGGCUGGUUUAUUGGUCAGCGCCAGAGAAUCCAACGGCUUGGAAAUGUAGCGGCGGCGAAAGAAUCCGAUUCAACCGGGAGGCGAAACAAAUACACGUAUGGAGAAAUAAUUUAAAAAAAAAUCAUACAUGAAUAUGUUUAUAUAAAAGCUCUUUUUUCUUAAAUACAAACGCGAGCAUUUGGUUCUGAAGUGGAGAGGCGGCGGGGAGAGGGCGAAGAACAGAAAAUGCACCCCUUAAAAACGACAUGGAAUUAAAAACGACGUCUUUUAUCAUUACACCCCUGCAGCGAGCGCCGCCAGAUACCCGGGUCCUUUUACUAGCGGAGAAACACCGCACAGGAGAUAUUACCAACCCUCGUGUAAAGGCAGCCCCGCACUGAAGAAGCCGAGUCUGGGGUGGCAUGCGUCGCCGCUUCGCUAACACAUCGACACGGAUUCAGGACCCCCGCUCGCCCCGGACGCUGUGAUUCGGCUCAGUGUGUGUCUUUUCUUCCGAGGGGGGAAAGAGACGGACAGACUGGGUUUAAUGGCGCAAGGCGAACAGCUGUGCAAGCGAAUUGGUUUCAGCGCCGCGCACUCCGCCUCAGCCCGGUCUCCCCGAGAAUCGCUCUGUCGCGGAGGAUCCCCCCGAUUAAAUGUCGAGUGAUGACAGGCUGGCCGCCGCUGCUCCCUCGCCCCGCUUUCACGGCUGCCUCCUGGUUCUCUUGUGCCGCUUUGAUUUCCCCGUGGAAACCAUCACCGGUCUAGCCCUUACAUAUGGAAACUGGGGACCAGAAUUUUAGAAAAAAGGGUUAACGGCUGUUUUCAACUUUGUUUCUUUUUGUGUUUCUUGUUUUACGUUUUUUUUAGGGGAAGGUGAUCCCCGUUUCUCCUCUCCCCGCCCCACUCACCCCUUCCUGAUAGGUAGCUAGACCGGCAGGGAGAUCGAUAGCUAGACAGACAGAUUCAUAGGUAGGUGUAGAUUGCAUGUUUUUUUUUGUUUUGUUUUUUUCCAAAAGGAUUACAAAAGAAUUCUGGACCCUCCUCCCACCGCCAUUUGAGUUGAUUUCUUAAUUAAUUGACUAAUUCCUUAAUUAUUUGCUUUGCUAAUUAAUUGGUUUAUUUGUUAAUUAUCAUUUGCAGCGUUAGGGUCAAGAACAGGCAGCUUUCAGCCCUUCCUCCCUCCCUCCUUCCUCCCGUUAAUUGAUCUUCUUCAUAUAUAUAUAUUUUUUAAAUCUUCAAAUAUUUAUUUCCUUUAUGUAAAACGCAAAGGGGGUCCCCCCUUCCUGGAAUGCGGGAACAUGGGUCUGUUUGACCGCGGUGUCCAGAUGCUCUUGACCACGGUGGGCGCUUUUGCAGCCUUCAGCCUCAUGACUAUAGCGGUGGGCACCGACUACUGGCUGUACUCGCGAGGGGUUUGCAAAACCAAAAGCGUGAGCGAGAACGAGACCAGCAAGAAGAACGAAGAGGUCAUGACUCACUCGGGCUUGUGGAGAACGUGCUGUCUAGAAGGGAAUUUUAAAGGGCUGUGUAAACAGAUAGACCACUUUCCUGAAGACACGGACUAUGAGGCCGACACGGCUGAAUAUUUCUUAAGGGCGGUGCGCGCCUCCAGUAUCUUCCCGAUCCUGAGUGUCAUUCUCCUCUUCAUGGGCGGGCUCUGCAUAGCAGCCAGCGAGUUUUACAAGUCGCGCCACAACAUUAUUCUGAGCGCUGGCAUCUUCUUUGUUUCCGCAGGACUGAGCAACAUCAUUGGGAUUAUCGUGUACAUAUCAGCCAACGCGGGGGACCCCUCCAAGAGCGACUCCAAGAAGAACAGCUACUCGUACGGCUGGUCCUUCUACUUCGGGGCGCUGUCCUUCAUCAUCGCCGAGAUGGUGGGCGUGCUGGCGGUGCACAUGUUCAUCGACCGGCACAAGCAGCUGCGAGCUGGGACGAGAGCCACAGACUACCUGCAGUCCUCCGCCAUCACCCGCAUCCCGAGCUACCGCUACCGCUAUCGUAGACGCAGCUGCUCCACUUCCCACUCCACUGAGCCCUCACAGUCCCGGGACGCCUCCCCCGUCGGCCUCAAGGGCUUCAACACCCUCCCUUCCACCGAAAUCUCCAUGUACACCCUGACCCGCGAGCCCCUGAAGCCCGCCUCCACCCCGACAGCGACGUACAACUCGGAGCGGGACCACAACUUCCUCCAGGUGCACAACUGCAUCCAGAAGGACUUGAAAGAGUCGCUGCACACGAACACGGCCAACCGGCGCACCACUCCAGUGUGAGGAGCGAGGGAGAGCCGCCACGCGGCAGCACGGCAACCCCAGGGGAGCGGGCCAGACCGAGAGAGGGUCCGCGCUGAAAAACAAACACACCCAACCCAGCUGAAGACUGUCAGGAUCCAACCAUUUCAAAAAUGCAUGAAAUCCCAUCCACCCUUAUUUAAUAAUACAAAAGAAAUGUUUGUAAAAAAAAAACAAAAAAA